AUGGCUAGCAGGUUACCCCUGAGCGGACAAGAGGAGGAGGCCUCGUCCUCGACCUCGUCCGCCCCCUCCAACAGCGACCCAGCACAUGCGCAACGACGCCCGUCCCGCGCCGACGACGAUGACGACGGCUACGACGAAGACGGCGCCGACGACCUCGACAUGUUCGGCACCAACGAAUCUGGCGCCGAUGUCUGGGCAGAAGACCCCCUCGACCAACCCAUGAGCUUCAAACGCAAGCAAAAGCAAAGCAUCCUCUCCCAGCCCGGCCGUCUGUUGUCCGUCAUGACGGGCAAUCGGCUAGGCACCUCCCCCAACACCCGAUCGCCCAAUCUUUCGGGUACAAGCACACCGAGUCAUCUUCCAGGUCUGGAUACACCUACGAGAAGUAAUGGUAGCGGCGCGACGCUGAACGGGCCCAAGGACGGUCUACCCGUUGACUGGUACGUCGAGGGGCCGGGGCGCCGAGUCGGGUACGACGAUCUGACCGCCAUUGACUGGAUCUUCGAGUACACGAAAGAGCGGCAGCGGCUGCGGGUUCUCUACUCGAGCGCAACCGGGAUAGUUGGCUACAUACAGCAGUUCCUCGACGCCAGCCAGAUCUGGGUCAUCCUGGUGCUGACGGGCAUCGCGGUCGGCGCGCUGGCGGCCGCUAUAGAUGUGACAUCGGACUGGCUGGGCGACCUGAAAGCUGGGUACUGCUCCUCAGGCCCCGAUGGAGGCGCCUUUUAUCUGAACAGAGGGUUUUGCUGUCUAGGAUAUGACCAAGGCGCCAAAUGCGUCGGCUGGAAACCGUGGGCUGCUGCUCUUGGCAUUACCAGUGCGGGUGGCAAGUGGUUUAUCGAGUACUUCUUUUUUCUGUUAUUGUCCGUCACGUUCGCCCUGUGCGCGGCCAUUUUAGUCAAGGAAUAUGGUAUAUAUGCCAAACAUUCUGGAAUCCCAGAGAUCAAGACGGUCCUGGGCGGCUUCAUCAUCCGGAGGUUUCUGGGACUCUGGACCCUCAUUACAAAGUCCCUAGGUUUGGUUCUAGCCGUUGCCUCUGGCAUGUGGCUAGGGAAAGAAGGUCCCCUGGUUCACGUAGCAUGCUGCUGCGCCAACCUAUUCAUCAAGCUGUUCCCAAACGUGAACGGCAAUGAAGCACGCAAGCGCGAGGUCCUCUCAGCUGCGGCUGCUUCUGGCAUCUCUGUCGCUUUUGGCUCGCCCAUUGGCGGCGUGCUUUUCUCUCUCGAACAGUUGUCGUACUACUUCCCCGACAAGACCAUGUGGCAAUCCUUUGUCUGCGCCAUGACUGCCGCCGUGAUGCUGCAGGCUUUCGACCCCUUCCGGUCCGGCAAACUUGUUCUCUAUCAGGUGAAAUACACCUCAAAUUGGCAUGGAUUUGAGUUGGUGCCUUUUGCUAUUCUGGGUAUUAUGGGUGGCAUCUACGGUGGCCUCUUCAUCAAAGUCAACAUGGCUGUUGCUCGGUGGAAGAAGUCCACCAACUGGCCGAUCCCAGGCCCUGUCACCCAGGUGGUGAUGGUGGCUCUCUUGACUGCCCUUGUCAACUACCCUAAUCUGUACAUGCGUGCCCAGUCCUCGGAGCUCGUCUCCUCCCUUCUAUCCGACUGCUCCCAGGUCUUGGAUGACCCAUUCGGGCUGUGCAAGACCGGGGCGGCCAGCGCCGGGACCAUCGUGCUCCUCCUCUUCGCCGCUGUGCUCGGCUUCUUCCUGGCCAGCAUCACUUUCGGCCUUCAGAUCCCCGCUGGUAUUAUCCUACCGAGCAUGGCCAUCGGGGCCUUGACGGGCCGCGCCGUGGGCAUCAUCAUGGAGAUCUGGCAGCACAACCACCCGGGCUUCCUGCCCUUCGCGUCGUACUGCGACCCGGACACCAAGAUCAACUGCAUCACGCCGGGCGUCUACGCCAUCAUCGGCGCCGCGGCGACCCUGGCGGGCGUCACGCGCAUGACCGUCUCCAUUGUCGUCAUCACGUUCGAGCUGACGGGCGCCCUGACGUAUGUGCUGCCCAUCAUGGUGGCCGUCAUGCUGUCCAAGUGGGUAGGCGACGCCUUCUCGCGCCGCGGCAUCUACGAGUCCUGGAUCCACUUCAACGGCUACCCGUUCCUCGACUCGGGCGACGACGGCUCCGGCGCCCAGAGCAUCCCCGACAUCCCCGCGGGCCAGAUCAUGACGCGCGUCGAGGACCUCGUCGUGCUGACGGCCGCCGGUCACACCAUGGCCUCGCUGCGCGCCGUCCUCGAGUCGUGCCCGCACCGCGGCUUCCCCGUCGUCAGCGACCCGCGCGACGCCGUGCUGCUGGGCUACAUCUCGCGCGCCGAGCUGGUCUACAACCUGCGCACGGCGGCCGCGCCGCCGCGCGCCCUGCCCCCCGAGACCGAGUGCUUCUUCGGCCGCCAGCCGCUGGCCGCCGACCCGCGCACCACGCUCGACCUGCGGCCCUGGAUGGACCAGACGCCCUUCACGCUGCCGGCGCGCUCGUCGCUGCACCUCGCCGCCUCGUACUUCCAGAAGCUCGGCGUGCGCUACGUGCUCUUCACGGACCGCGGCGCCCUCGUCGGCCUGCUGACCAAGAAGGACUGCUGGGUCGUGCUGCACGGGCUCGCCGAGGACGCCGGCGACCACGACGACCACCGCCGGGGCCGGGCCGGGGGCUUCGGCGCGGCUGGCGCCGGGCGGGCCCGCGAGGACGGCGAGGGGCUCGAGGAGAGGGGCCUGUUGGGGCGGGGAGGUGGCGGCGGCGGUGAUGGGGAUGCGGACGGCGAUGACGAGCCCAUUAGCCCUGGGGUGCAGAGGGGUGGAAUAUUAUAG